AUGAACGAGAUAUCUUCUCCUGCAUUAUCAUUCGCCUGUAACACUGAACGUCCUGGGAAGAACAGCAGCUCUCAGCUCCGUCCUGGGAAGAACAGCGGCUCUCAGCUCCGUCCUGGGAAGAACAGCAGCUCUGAGCACCGUCCUGGGAAGAACAGCAGCUCUGAGCACCGUCCUGGGAAGAACAGCAGCUCUGAGCUCCGUCCUGGGAAGAACAGCAGCUCUCAGCUCCGUCCUGGGAAGAACAGCGGCUCUGAGCACCAUCCUGGGAAGAACAGCAGCUCUCAGCUCCGUCCUGGGAAGAACAGCGGCUCUGAGCUCCGUCCUGGGAAGAACAGCAGCUCUGAGCUCCGUCCUGGGGGGAACAGCAGCUCUGAGCACCGUUCUGGGAAGAACAGCAGCUCUGAGCACCGUCCUGGGAAGAACAGCGGCUCUGAGCACCUUCCUGGGAAGAACAGCGGCUCUGAGCUCCGUCCUGGGAAGAACAGCAGCUCUGAGCACCGUCCUGGGAGGAACAGCAGCUCUGAGCACCGUCCUGGGAAGAACAGCAGCUCUGAGCACCGUCCUGGGAGGAACAGCAGCUCUGAGCUCCGUCCUGGGAAGAACAGCAGCUCUGAGCACCGUCCUGGGAGGAACAGCAGCUCUGAGCUCCGUCCUGGGAAGAACAGCAGCUCUGAACACCGUCCUGGGAAGAACAGCAGCUCUGAGCUCCAUCCUGGGAAGAACAGCAGCUCUGAGCUCCGUCCUGGGAGGAACAGCAGCUCUGAGCACCGUCCUGGGAAGAACAGCGGCUCUGAGCUCCGUCCUGGGAAGAACAGCAGCUCUGAACACCGUCCUGGGAAGAACAGCGGCUCUGAGCUCCGACCUGGGAAGAACAGCGGCUCUGAGCUCCGUCCUGGGAAGAACAGCGGCUCUGUGGAGGUACUCUGA